AGGCACGAGCGACCGAAAAAAGCCACUCGAGCGCCGACCACUGCGACUCUGAGCGCCGCCGGCAGCGUUGCGGCUUCGUCUUUACGGAACCACACCGAAGAAAACCGACCAGACGAUUAACGAAAGAAGACGGAGGGAGAUUAUAGAUUCUCCCGUGUAAAAAUCAAAGAACGGACUAGUUUUCCUUUCUUUUUUUUAAACGAGGCGGAGAGGCGGAAGAGGGCAAUACAUUUAAACGAAGGGAAGCCCAUCAGGGUAAAAGGGAAAUAACAGCGGUAAAAACAUCCUCGAGACGAAGUGGGGAAAACGGUGAAAUUGCAUCGCCGGUUGCCGGUGGACGACACGAAAGUGGAGAAAAUAGCAGGAACUGUGCAGGCAAAGAGAGAAAUUUAAAAGGGAUGAACGCGCAGGGGGGUUCACAGCAUCACAAAGCCUGUGAAAGGGGUCUGAGGACCCCCAGAUUUUGGGGGGUGCAGCUGGCAAUAUCACCCGGAUCGGCAGAUGCUUCAGACCCGAAAUAUUACUGAAGCCCACCUCGAUUCGGUUUAAUCCAUUUUCGACUCCACUGCUGGUGGAUUUGUAAUGCUCUGCAAGCCUCGCUGGAUCUUGAUGCAGUGACACAUACUUAUAUUUGCUUGAUUUGUCAGUACAUGCAGAAAAUCUACAACUUUACUUAAUUCUGAUUUUGUGCACACACAAACUGCACGAUUGCAAGAAAACAUCACCCAUUAGACACCCACUUUUGAGAUAUUUUCUUUGCAUUUUGCAUGCACAAACCUAUCGAAAAUAUGGACUAUACAGUGUGCGCAGUGCAUAGUGGUCGUGCUCUCUUGAAGCAAUGGUCAGAGAUUUUCUGCAAACAGUUUUAACCCCCCUGAGCUCGUGCACUGGACAAAUUCACGCAGAAGGGCGCACGAGCCAUAUUCAGAUGUGAAUGCAAGCGUGCACGAUCGCAAUAAACAAAUUAACUGGUCACCUUUCACUUUGGGGAAAAAAAAAAACAUUAGACACUAUUGAGGAAAUAUGCAAAUUCUUUUGAUAACCUAAAUUAUUAACUCGCGCUUGCAAACUCGUUUCAGUCUAUUUUGUGCACAUUUUCUCUCAAGUGUUUGCACCUAUGUUAUUUAUUCUGCAAAGAGUUCUUUUGGGCUAUUUCAAGGAUGAAAGAAUACACUAACGCUUACAUGCGUACGAUUGCAUCACGUUUAAAAAGUGCUUUGCAAUUGACCAUUCUUCAAGUAUUUAUUGUUAUCUACACCAUUUUCAUUAUUUGAGAGGAAAUAAAGACAUUGAUGAAGGAGAUUCAUGCAUGCAUGUCCAUUUUAAGGAGUCUGAUCUUCCUUCUUAUAAGUAAAAGUGAUGCACGGUGACAAUUGCACAUACUAUAAAGCAAAUAGAGACUGCUGAAUCUUAGUGUUUUCUCAUAAACAUUGCAUGAAGUCACACCGGAGAGAGUUCCACAUCGUCUCGUACACAACGCCUUAAAAAAAAAAGCCCAACUCUUCAGUUCGCCGCCGACAAUGGCGGAAAAGACGGAUGCAAGCAACGAGGAUAAAUCUCGGGAAUAUUGCUCAGUCGCCGAGGAGUCUACGUGAGUUUACGGCGAGCUUGCAUGACCGCCUGUCCCUCCCUUUAGCCUCCUACAUUCUGAAAUAUAGGCUACUUUGAGGAACUGAAGCGAAGAAAAAAAAACGAAAAGACAGAAAGAAAGGAGGGCUGAAAAUCGAAUCGAGAGAAUUUUUGUGGACGAAUCUGGCAUUGCAUUGCACGCAUCGUCCCAUGAAAAGGAAACGGGAAUCCGUCCGGAGCUCGUGAACGUAUACACAUCGGCUCGAGACUCCACAGGAAGGGCAAUCAUACGCGGGAUAUAUGCUUGAACAUUAACAUUGGAGGAAAACUAUGGCCGAUAAUGUGCUGGACUUCUGUCCGCCUACAGCUAAGAGGCCUAAAUUGUCUUCCCCGGCUCUGUCGGUCUCCGCGAGCGAUGGAAACGAUUUUGGCUCUCUGUUUGACCUGGAGCAUGAUCUCCCUGACGAGCUCAUUAACUCCUCCGACCUGGGCCUUCCUAAUGGCAUGGACCAGUUGCACACUAGUCUGGGUGGAGGGAUGUCAGGACCCCAUGGCGGCUCAGGCCACGACACUGCGGCCAAACACAAGCACCUCUCUGAGCUCCUCCGCCCUGGCGGCCCUCCGUCCACCUCCACGGUCACCCCCGGAAACGCGCCCUCCCUGGGGAUGAUGGGAGGUCUGGGUGGCAGCCCUGUCAACCAAGGACUGGGUGGCCAACAGCAGCAGCAGCCUGGCAUGAUGCCACAGCCUGGCAUGGUGAGCAUGAACCGGGUCAUGAUGGGAGCCCAGAAAGGAAACGGACAGCCACAAAGCAUGAUGGGUGGGCAAGUGAUGAACGGUGCGCCCAGAAUGGGCUAUGCUAAUGUGAACAUGAAUACGGGCAUGGCUGGUAAUGGGAACAUGCUGCCGGAUUCCCUGCAGCAACAGAAUGCAGGGCAGCAGAUGGCACAGCCGGCAAUGAGACCUCAGCAACCAGGAGCAGUGAACAAGGGUCGCGGGGGGCUGGAGCCUAUCCCAGCUAACAUUGGGCGAAAGGCGGGGGACACCCUGGACAGGUCGCCAGUCCAUCGCAGAACCGCAAAGAUGGGAAUGAUGGGGGCUCCGAGCCCCUACAGCAGUUCGUAUGGUCAGUGUGGGGGUCAGUCUCUGGGACCCCAGCUCCAAAAUAAAGCAGCUCAACCCAACAGCAUUAACCAGUUCAGCAUGGACAAGAAACCUCAGCACGGGCAGAACAUGGGGGGCAUGCAGAGCUCAGGUGUGGUGGGUGGUGUAUCGGGGCCAGGUGGGGCAGCAGCGCCCCCAGCAGCAGACCCAGAGAAACGUAAACUAAUCCAGCAGCAGCUGGUGCUGUUACUGCACGCGCACAAGUGCCAUCGCAGGGAGCAGACCAACGGGGAGGUUCGACAGUGCAACCUGCCCCACUGCAGAACCAUGAAGAACGUCCUCAAUCACAUGACACACUGUCAGGCUGGCAAAUCAUGUCAGGUGGCUCACUGUGCCUCCUCCAGGCAGAUCAUCUCACACUGGAAGAACUGCACGCGACACGACUGUCCCGUCUGCUUGCCACUCAAGAGUGCCGGGGACAAAAGGAACCAGCAAUCCCUUUUGGCCGGAGCUGGUAUGAGUAUAGGUGGUCCAUUAGGGGGGUCGUUGCCGGGUGGCCAGCCUUCAGCUCCAAAUUUGAACCCGCCCAGUCAGAUCGACCCAAGCUCUAUCGAAAGGGCGUACGCUGCACUCGGGCUCACCUACCAGGGCAACCAGGCAGCCAAUCAGAAUCAGCAGAGCUCUGUGCCCACUCAACCUGGCAUGAGAACGCUCAACAACAUGGGUGGGAAUCCAAUGGGAGUGAACGGUGGUGUUGGUACAAUGUCAAACCAGCAUCCCGGAUUGCUGCCAGAUGGCAUGAUGCACCGAAACAUGACGGCACAGAGUCUGAUGAAUGAUAGCUCAGGUGUUGGUAAUAUGGCUUCUGGAGCGACGGCCGCUCCCCCUUCUGCAGGAAUGAGGAAGAGUUGGCAUGAAGACAUCACACAAGACCUUCGCAAUCACCUUGUACACAAACUUGUGCAGGCUAUCUUUCCCACUCCAGACCUUGCAGCACUGAAGGAUCGGCGGAUGGAGAAUCUUGUAGCUUAUGCACGCAAGGUGGAGGGCGACAUGUACGAAUCUGCGAACAGCAGGGCGGAGUAUUACCACUUGUUAGCAGAGAAGAUUUAUAAGAUUCAGAAGGAGCUGGAGGAGAAGAGGAAAACCAGACUGCAGAAGCAGGGUAUGCCAAACAUGCCCAACAGUGCCCUACCUCAAGCACAAGCCAGCAUGAAUCAGGCACAGCUGCCCAAUGGACCCCAUUCAGAUCUGUCCCUCCUUCAAGCCCCUGGACCAAACCAGAUGGUCAACAGAAUGCAGAAUCCUGCUGGUAUGAAUCAGUUUUCUCAGGUGGGGAUGCAGCAGCAAAUGGUUCAAAGGGCAACGCCACCUCUGCCAAUGGGAGCAAAUCUCAAUCAGAUGGGUAUGCAGGGAACACCUCGAAUGGCUCAACCCAAUGUAACCCAGUCACAAAACCAAUACAUGCAGAACCAGUUUCCAGGCACAGGUGCUGGACUAGGCCAGGGUGUGGUCAGCCUGAACCAGCCUGCAGGACAGGGAGCCAUGCCACAGAAUCAGAUGUCCACUCCGCCAUCACUGGGAGUGAGUAGUCCCAUAGCUCAGUCCCAGUCAGCCGUCUCGGGCCCUGGAGCUGCUGUCGGCCCUCAAGGGCCUCCUUCCAACCACCCUCCACCUGUUCAACAGCCGGGCAUGCACUCACACUGUCCUCCUUUACGUCAAAACUCCCCUUCUCCAGCAUGCAGCCGCACCCCUACCCCUGCCCCGCACCAAACGCCCCCGCAGUUGCCUGGUAACCAGACCCCCCAGCCCCACACCCCCACUUCUUCGACCACUAUGGCCCCACCUGCUACACAGCUGCCCUCCGUGGCACAGGGGGUGGGCUCAGAAAAAGCCAAUCAGCUACAGCAGUCACCACACGGGGGCGGAGCCCCUGGAGGCCCUCAUACAGGACUAGCGUCGUCUGUGCCUUCCCAGAAUGGCCACGGGCUUUGUGCACACCCACACUCUCCUCUGUCUCAGAAAUCGGCACUGACUGCGGACGGUCAGGCAUCGACCCCUGCCUCAGUCAGCAGUGCCGACCCUAGCUCGCAGCUGACAUCAUCUGAACCCACUGCUCAACUUGACCUCAAAACUGAAGCAAAGGAAGAAGAGGAUGAAAAUGAGAGCGAUGAAAAAUCCUCGGGGAAAAUGGCCGCCAUGCAGAGUGAGAUUAAGAAAGAGGUGAAAUCAGAGGAGGAGGAGUCUGGAGGCGAUGAAUGUAAGACUGAGCCAAUGGAAACAUCAGACGGGUCGACAGCAGAAGACAAGAAGCCAGAGGUGAAAACGGAGCCCAAAGAGGAAGAGGUGACAGGGGGGCCAAACAGCACCCCCUCAAACACACAAAGCAAGAAGAAAGUCUUUAAGCCCGAUGAGCUCCGCCAGGCAUUAAUGCCAACUUUGGAAGCUCUGUAUAGACAGGAUCCCGAGUCGCUGCCCUUCCGGCAGCCGGUGGACCCCCAGUUACUGGGAAUACCCGUACGUAUUCGAACUAGUAACAAAACUAACCUGGACUAUUUUGACAUAGUGAAGAACCCGAUGGACUUGUCCACUAUCAAGCGUAAGCUGGACACGGGUCAGUACCAGGAGCCCUGGCAGUACGUGGACGAUGUGUGGCUGAUGUUCAACAAUGCCUGGCUGUACAACAGAAAGACAUCACGGGUUUAUAAAUACUGCUCCAAACUGGCAGAGGUGUUUGAACAGGAAAUCGACCCUGUUAUGCAGCAAAUGGGGUAUUGCUGUGGAAGAAAGUUGGAGUUUUCUCCCCAGACUCUCUGCUGCUAUGGCAAACAGCUGUGUACUAUCCCUCGAGAUGCUGCAUACUACAGCUACCAGAACAGUUCACCCAAAUAUGGGCUUCUUGCUGACAGGUACCACUUCUGUGAGAAGUGCUUCAAUGAAAUCCAGGGCGAGAAUGUAUCCCUAGGAGAUGAUCCCACCCAGCCUCAAACGUCCAUCAACAAAGAUCAGUUUCAAAAGAAAAAGAAUGACACUCUCGACCCUGAACUACUGCUGGAAUGUUCCGACUGUGGACGAAAAAUGCAUCAGAUAUGUGUUCUGCAUAAUGAAACGAUAUGGCCGUCAGGCUUUGUGUGUGACGGCUGUCUGAAAAAAGCCAAUGCAACAAGGAAAGAGAAUAAAUAUGCUGCAAAGAGGUUACCUCAGACAAAGCUGGGUAACUUCCUCGAGACACGAGUGAAUGACUUCAUCAAGCGCCAGAGUCAUCCAGAAUCCGGCGAUGUCACCAUCCGUGUGGUGCACGUGUCUGAUAAGGUGGUCGAGGUCAAACCUGGCAUGAAGUCCAGGUUUGUAGACAGCGGUGAGAUGUGCGAGUCGUUCCCAUACAGGACAAAAGCUCUGUUUGCAUUUGAGGAGAUUGACGGAACAGAUGUCUGCUUCUUUGGAAUGCAUGUGCAGGAAUAUGGCUCUGACUGCCCUCUGCCCAAUCAAAGACGUGUGUACAUCUCCUACCUAGACAGUGUCCACUUUUUCCAGCCUCGUCACCUGAGAACAGGAGUCUACCAUGAGAUCCUCAUUGGAUACCUGGAGUAUGUAAAAAGAAUGGGCUAUGUCACUGGCCACAUAUGGGCUUGCCCACCCAGUGAAGGUGACGACUACAUCUUCCAUUGCCACCCGUCGGACCAAAAGAUUCCAAAACCCAAACGCUUACAAGAGUGGUACAAGAAAAUGCUUGACAAAGCAGUUGCUGAGAGAAUUAUACAUGACUACAAGGACAUUUUUAAGCAGGCAACAGAGGACCGACUGACCAGUGCGAUGGAGCUCCCAUAUUUUGAGGGUGAUUUUUGGCCUAAUGUGUUGGAGGAGAGCAUUAAAGAGCUACAACAGGAAGAGGAAGAACGGAAGAGAGAGGAGAACAACACCUCUAGUGAAAGCAUUGAUGUGGCCAAUGGUGACAGCAAGACUGCCAAAAAGAAGAACAGCAAGAAGACUAGCAAGAACAAGAGCAGCUUGAGCCGAGCCAAUAAAAAGAAACCAGGCAUGCCAAAUGUCUCCAAUGACCUGUCCCAGAAACUCUAUGCCACCAUGGAGAAACACAAAGAGGUCUUCUUUGUCAUCCGUCUCAUCGCUGGCCCCGCAGCCAAUUCCCUUCCGCCCAUUUGUGAUUCUGACCCCCUGAUGGCAUGUGAUCUGAUGGACGGGCGAGACGCUUUCCUAACACUGGCACGAGACAAGCACCUUGAAUUCAGCUCUCUGCGACGGGCAAAAUGGAGCUCCAUGUGUAUGCUAGUAGAACUACACAAUCAGAGCCAGGACCGCUUUGUCUACACCUGCAAUGAAUGCAAGCACCAUGUUGAGACAAGGUUCCACUGCACCGUUUGUGAGGAUUAUGAUCUCUGUAUCACUUGCUACAACACUAAAGGCCAUGAGCACAAGAUGGAGAAACUUGGUCUUGGUCUUGAUGAUGAGAGCAACAAUCAAGCUGUUGCCUCCACUCAGAACCCUGGCGACUCACGACGUCUCAGUAUCCAGCGCUGCAUCCAGUCACUAGUGCAUGCAUGCCAGUGCCGCAAUGCAAACUGCUCUCUGCCGUCCUGCCAGAAGAUGAAGAGAGUGGUUCAACACACCAAGGGCUGCAAGCGCAAAACCAAUGGUGGAUGUCCCAUUUGCAAACAACUCAUUGCGCUGUGCUGCUAUCAUGCCAAGCACUGCCAGGAAAACAAGUGCCCUGUGCCAUUCUGUCUCAACAUCAAGCACAAGCUUCGUCAGCAGCAGCUGCAGCACAGGCUGCAACAAGCGCAAAUGCUGCGUAGACGUAUGGCCACCAUGCAGCGAGUAGGGCAGCCACCUCCAUGUGGAGGUGGGCCUCCUGGAGGUCUUCCAUCACCAGGAAACAACGGAGCCACAGGUCCUAGCACUCCUAUGUCUGUUGGUACACAGCCUGCAACCCCUCAGACACCCACACAGUUGACACCAAACCAUCCAUCUAUGCCACAGUCUGCUGUGGGUGGAGCCCCAGCUGGAACACCUCAGCAGCCUCCACAGCAUCCUGUCCACCAGUUUCAGCAGAUGGGAGGUGCAAGUGGAAUGAUGACCUCACCGCAACAGCAAAUGGUUCCUCAGCAGCAGACAGGACAACUGCCCCAUCCCCACCCUCAAUACGGUCCCCGUCCCACUGGUCCUUCCCCCAAUCCACAGUCCCAGGGUAAACCAGGCCUUGGCCCUGCAACUCCUCCUCAACUCCCCAGCAACCCAGGCACAGCUCCUUUGUCCCAGCAACAGCAACCUGCUGGUCCUCCGGCUGCAGCUGUGGAGAUUGCCAUGAAGAUCCAACAAGUGGCAGAUGCACAGCGAAAGAUGGCACAGGUUCAGUUGCUACAAAGACAGGCUGCACAAGCUGGCAUGAUGCCACAGCACCAGCACCAUCAGCAGCCACAGGGACAGAUAGGAGUAGCCCACCCUGGGAUGGGCUUGGUAGGGGCACAAGGAUUAGGCCUGCAGGCACAACCAUCAGCAAACAGGGUGCAGAUGGAACAGCAGCAACAGCAAGGACCUCAGGGAAUGAUGGUGGGAGCUAGGCCCAUGCAGCAGCAGCCUCAACAGGCAGGUGUGCAAGGCCAGAUGCAGCCACAAAUGCAGCUGCAGCAGCAGAGAAUGAACCCACCACUCCAGCCUCAGCAGCCACAGUGGGCAGGGCAGGGCAUGCCACCCCAGCAGAGGCCUGCAAUAAUGGGUCAGCCAGGAAUGGUUGCGAUACAGCCCCAAUCACAACAGCAACAAUCACAACCAAUGCUUCAGCAGCAACCACAAAUACCUAAUCAAAAUGCCUUGAUGAGUAUGGUGCAGGCUGGUCUACAGAAUUGUGUAGCAAGCGGGGUGGCAGGGAGCAAUCUGCCACAGGGAGCCUUGCAGGAACUUUUGCGGACCCUGCGAUCUCCCAGUUCUGCUCUCCAGCAGCACCAAGUCCUUAACAUUCUUCGCUCUAACCCACAACUUAUGGCAGCAUUUAUCAAGCAACGGGUUCACAAGUAUAAAGGAGGCACGGGUGGCCCUGCUGGACCACAGGGAGGGCCAGGAUCUAUGGGAGGCCAAGCAGUUGGAGUCAAUCCUGGGGCGCCUCAGCCUGGCAUGCACCUUGGACAGGGUGUUAACAUGCAGAGCCAAAUUUCUCAGCUUCAGCAGCAGCAGCAAUUGCAACAGCAGCAGCAGCAAUUGCAACAGCAGCAGCAAUUGCAACAGCAGCAGCAGCAAAUGCAACAGCAGCAGCAGCAAAUGCAACAGCAGCAGCAAAUGCAACAGCAGCAGCAAAUACAACAGCAGCAGCAAAUGCAACAGCAGCAGCAAAUGCAACAGCAGCAGCAAAGGCAACAGCAGCAGCAAAUACAACAGCAGCAGCAGCAGCAGCAACAAAUACAACAACGGCCCAGACUGCAGCAACAGCAAGUUGCUACCUUACAGCAGCAGCAACAACAGCAAGGAAUGCAGGGCCAGGGUGCUCCAAACAUGGCCAACAUGAACCCACAGUUCAGAGAUAUGGUAAUAAGACGGCAACAGCAACUACAAUUUCAGCAGCAGCAGCAGCAGCAACAACAACAACAGCGUCAGAUGUCCAACCAUGCCGGGAUUCAGCAGCAGCAAGGUUACAUGGGUCAGCAGGGUAACAUGCAAGUCCCCUCAGGAGGCCAGCCACUUCCAGGAGGGCAACCAGGCCCGCAGCAGAAUUUUACAGGCAACCCUACGCAACAGCAAGCUGCAGCUGUCUUGCAACAGAGGCUUCAACAGCAACACCAUCUACAGAUGCAGCAGAAUAUGGCAUCGCAAGGUCCCGACAUGGGCCCUGGAGGAGGAGGUCCACAGCCCAUGCAGGGAGGUCCCGGGCCUCAGACAACACAGGCAUUGUUGCAGCAGGCCUUGCAUCAGCGUAUGCUUCAACAGCAGCAACACCUCAGCGGCACUUCACCGGCACAACAGAACAACCCCAUGAGCCCACAGCAACAGAUGUCCCAGUCGCCCCACCUUCAGAGCCAACAGCACCAGUCCUCUCUCAGCAACCAGGUCUGUUCACCUCAGCCCUCCCCUCGACCCCAGUCCCAGCCACCACACUCAAGUCCAUCCCCACGGCUGCAACCACAGCCCUCACCUCACCAUAUCUCGCCUCAGACAGGUUCUCCACAUCCCAGCCACAUACAGCAGCACCACUCUGGCAUGGCUCCGCCUCCUCCUCCCCAACAGCCACAGCACAACUCUAAGGACCCAGGUGGGUUUGGGGCAGAUCAGAACGCCAUGCUGUCUCAGCUUGGUGGCAUGGUGGGACUCCACGGACCCGGAGCUAAUGAUAUACUGCCCUCAAGUGGCCAAGACCUUGGCAUUAAUAUGAAUCAUAACCCUUUAGACAUAUAGUUAUUACACAAUUCACAAAACCUCACCAGAGACAGUGUUAGUUUUUUUAUACUACAGGGAUGAAUUAUUAGUGUUUUUCAGUAUAAAUGCUUUGAAAGUGGACCCUGCACGAGAGAUAAAUAUGUAUAGGGGGUGAAAGAAGUAAUGGUAGUUUUUUUUUUUUUACCUUUACCAGUGUACAAAGAAAUUGUUUCUCAGCCUCAGAUAAAAAACCACAAGUAAUAUUUUCGAUGUCAGGUCUAGGGGAGUACUUGCCUUUUUCAAGAGAUAUUUUUUAAGAUUUUAAAAGUGGUAUAAAGUUAAAGCGCAAAUGAUUUAAUUCUAAGGACUAUUUUAAAUAUCUCAUGGUGUACCAGUCUCUGUUACGUGUUUUACAGAGCGAUGUGGAACAUUUCAAACAUUGUUGUGAUGCCUAUAUUGUUAUUAUAAUUAUUCAUACAAACAUCAUGCAUAUCUUCCUUGUAAAUUUUGAGUUUUGCAUUUUUAUUUAUUCUAGCAUUUUCAUUCGUCAUCAUGAUGGAUUUUGUUCAUGUGUGUUCCCAGAGACUGCUACAGUUCACAUAGAAUAUAUUUUUGUUGAUACCUAUUAAAAUGGGGAUCUAUUCCUUUACUUAAGCUGGAGAUUUAGGUUCUUGAGUAUAAUAUAAAUUACAGUGUUGGGGGAUUAGGUUAUGGUGUGUGCGCUGCUGCCCAGUGGAUCUUAUUUCAUGCCAUAUUGGAAAUGUCUAACCAUUGGACAUCACCGUUUUUGAAAACAGGACAAGUUCUUGGAAGCACACACCAACCCUCAGAAUGUGUGUGCACUCCUUUUAAGACUUACUGGAUAGUGGUGGUGUAUCUCUCCAGGUUGGAUGAGAGAAAGUUUUGUGUAUGUGUGUGCGCGUGCACGCCCAUGUGGAUGUGGUGCUGGAGUUUAUCUGCUCAUGCCAAUGUCCUAUUGAGCAGCAUUUCACAUAUGAACUAAAUGACUGUGAAAUAAUUGAGAAGGAGUUUGUGCCACUGAUUUCACUUUGUUUUCGUCCUUCUCUCUCCAGUUCUGCUCCUAAUUGUCCUCCACUUCCAGAAUUUUGUUUGCUCUGAACUUUGGGACUUUCAUUUGAAUAUUUUGUACUGUACAAAGAAACACAAACUGUGGACUUCAUACUUUUUUUUUUUUUUUUUUAAUAAAAUGAAGAUAAAUUUCAUUU